AUGGAAUCUGCUGGUAUCCAUGAGACAACAUACAACAGCAUUAUGAAGUGUGAUAUCGAUAUCCGAAAGGACCUUUACGCAAACAAUGUGCUAUCCGGUGGCUCAACCAUGUAUCCGGGUAUCGCUGAUCGAAUGCAGAAAGAAAUCACCGCUUUAGCACCAAGCACGAUGAAAAUCAAGAUAAUUGCACCGCCGGAGCGUAAGUAUUCGGUCUGGAUCGGUGGCUCCAUUCUGGCAUCCCUCUCCACUUUCCAACAGGUAACUAUCUUUUUGCAAAAAAAAAACCUAGUAAAUAUUUUGAACCCGGGCAAGGGAAGAUCCUGAUG